AUGCUUUUAUCUCUCUUCAAUAGUCUUACGAGACCGGAUGUGAUGAAGUGGUAUGCGAAAACUCGAUUUUACCAUAUCGUCAAUCUCACAGCAUGGCAAAUAAAUCCAUGCACAAAGACAUACAACUCAAUUCAUCCCCAAUAUCGGCCCACCGCAUUGCAGUUGCAGACCCCAUAUCCCAGCGUCAUUGAUUGGAUACCAUUUCCUUCAAUUCGUGACCGUCUCAUUCAACUUCAUUCAGCCAACCCGCAGAUCGACCAAAUAUUUUGCGAUACUGUGAGCAGUUAUGUGGUUGAGACUUGGAUGUCUGAGCUGAUCAUCGGAGCUCCUACAAUAAAAGCCUACAUCCGCGUUACAGACAUCAUUGCGAACUUCGAUUCGAAGGUAGAAGAAGACCCUGCCAUCUUAGAGGCCGCUCUUCCUGCACCUGAUGUUGCAACCAUUUUUACAUCCCCUGUGUGUUCUAGGGCUGUUUUCAACAAACUUAACAUGGCUUGCGGUGUGUCUAUCUAUAAGAUCGACCCAUCAUUCUUUGGAAGUUACCCGGAGCUCUACGAUCAUAACUUCGACAUUGCAGCCCAGGGGAUUCCCUUAAGACCAGAUGUCCAGUGCCGCCUGACUUGUCCGAAGCCGCUUGAUACACAGACAUUCCAGACGUACCGUAACUUUGUUGAUUUCUCAUACGACUCGCCUAUUUGGAAAACUUGGAUCACGGGUUGA